GGGUCUGUGGUUCAUGACGAGUAUCGGUGGUACUGCAGCUGUGAGGGAAGAAGGCCAGUCAAAAUGCAAACGUCUCUGGUUAAUAUCGUUUUAUUUUCAUCCCUACAUGUUUUGUUGUCCUUGACGUGUUUUCAUGAUGUUGUGGGAGCUACCGGCGGGAAAGGUGAGUUUAUUUGGAGGUGAUUAAAAUCAGUUUUAGUGUCUUUAGAGCCUGCUCAUUGAUACUUUGACCACAGCCUGGAGGGAAGCUAAGCUAAGCUAAGUGUCUUUGUAGCAGCAGCAUCCUGGAUCACAGUCUAAGUCCUGGAGGGGAAAUUUAGGUGCACUGAGGACGUGUACUUUAAAUGCAAAACAUGACAGGUCAACAGACAUGUUUAACUGAAUUCCCUUGUAUUCCUAGGUUAUCUUUUGAGAUGAUAUCAAAGUAAAUCACCUAACUAAGGAACGUUUGAAAGUAAAAAGUGCUUCAGCUCAUAAAUAAAUAUGUCUGCAUACUGCACAGGACAUUUUCUGUUAUUCAAGGUGCAAAAGUAAAUGUUUUAAAUAGUUUUUAAGGGGGGAAAACUGUUUAAAAUGGUACUGAAGUGAAAAUAACAAACAUAGGAAUAAGAAAAUCGUGCAUACGUACUUUUAAAAAGCUUUGCAUGAAGCAUAAAUGCGCAAAUGUCCAUUUUUAUUAUUAUUUUUUAAAUUUUCUUUUUAUUGAUUUCACAUAUGAAUACUCCCCCAACAUUUUACAUUUAUUAAAAAAAAAUUCCAACUGUAUAGAAUAUUUGCAUACUUCUCCAUUGCAGAGCAGAAACACAGUUAGACAUAAAUUGUCAAGUUAAAGUAGAAUAACUGUGAAAUAAAAUGAAACACUUUUCACUCAUGUCCUUUUUUCACACUUCUCUUGCAUCUCCCUUUUCUCCUGUUGGAGGGUAAACAUGAUAAAUUAAAUGUGCAGUUAUUUAUACUACAAAAAGAAAGAAAAUAAGUUAAAAAAAAAUGCAGUUAAAUCUAUCUUUACUAUUUUGAUAAUUAUAUAACAUUUAUCACGUGGUUUUUAAUGUUCUCAUUCAUUUUUAAUAAUGAUAUUUCUGCACAGUGUUUACGAUUGUUUUUACAGCAACUUUGAAGUCAAUCUAUAAAAGUAGAGACAGAAAUCAUGCAAAUUAGUCAUGUUGUGAAAAUCAGUGUUAAAAAAACACAUCUUCUUAUUGUUUUUACUCCUUUUACUUAUUGGUUUUGGUGGCACCUAAAAGUCAUGUCUAUAUAUUGUAGGGGUGGGAGAAAAAAAUCGAUUCACAUAAGUAUCACAAUUUUUUGUUUUACAAUUUUAAAAUCCUUUUUUUUUUCUGUUCAAACAUUGAUUUUUUUUCCAAAUGUAAGAAUAAAUCUGAAAAACUGACUUACAUUUGAUGUUUAAUUUUUGGGAAAAUAUGGUUCCUGGAAUAGCCAGUAGACAAUCACAAUCAUUCACUGUUUCGCUGGUGUUACAAAUGCAGAAUAAAAACCAAGAAAAUCAACAAUAUCAUAGAAUCGCAAUUCAAAUGGAAUCGACAUCCAAAAAAUUGUAGAAGAGGCGAAUCGGGAGAAAAGCAUAUCAUCCCAGCCCUAAUAUAUUGGGAUUGUAUCGAUUUCCUGUGUCCUGCAAAUGUAAAUAACAACAACUGCGUAACUAUUGAGUAACUUUUGGUUGUGUUUAACAUGACCUUCAUAUAUGUGAAGGUGCUGGUUAUUGUAAAAUUCCAGGUGACAGAGCUGAGUUAAAUGUUCCCCACAGCCUGAUAUGAAAUUACAUCUGCCACUGCUGCCACAGCUUCCUCUCUCUUCUUUGUAUGGACACGGUUAUUUAGGGCAGACCCACCCUGUAGUAGAAAUGUAAUAUGAGUUACACAAUGCCCGUGCGCUCAUUAAUUUGUUCCCCCGCAGGGUUCGGAGAUCACAUCCACUGGAGGACGCUGGAUGAUGGCAAGAAGGAAGCAGAGGCCAGGUGAGUUCACGCAGUGAGAGCUGGAAUAACUCGAAUGCUUCCUGUGAACCUGCUGAGCGGCCUUUUCUACAGCUAUUAGCCUGAGGUUGAACACGGUGUCUGCUUCUCAGCUAAUGGCUGAAAGGAAAACUGACCCACUGAUACAUAUGAGUGGAUCUUCUUACUUCUUACUGUUUCUUCUUUUAAAUAUGAUACAUGUCCAGGAGUCAAAUUUUAUUCUCUUUGGGUUUCCAGUUUCCACCAUGUCCUGGUUUAUCGUUGACAGGUGUAUUUUUAUGUGUUUGAUUUCACAGUGGGCUCCCAAUCAUGCUCAUCAUCCACAAGACCUGGUGUGGAGCCUGCAAAGGUAAAACUACUCUCUUUACCUUUCACUUGAAAAAGGAAAACCCUCAGAUUAGACGCUGUUAUGGAAAAUAAUGGAACACUAAACACGUUUCAGCUGUUUCUGGAUUAUGUUUAUAUAGUUUUUUCUCUGCUGUGUACAAUUUUAACCUGUGUUUGUGGACACGGUGACAUAUUGUAUCCAUAGAAAGUGGUUUUGAUCCCAUGCAGGGAUUUCUACUACAGAGUCAUGUCUGUUAUGUACAGUUCUUCCCAAAGGCCUGAAAACCACAGCCAUCCAGUAUUAUUUUCAGCCCUGCACCUUCUUGUACAAGAGUUUCCUCAUAUUUUCUAGACAACUUCAUGCUAUUGUAACCUUCAGAUGAAGGAAUCUAAAAUUGUUGAACUGGUAGCUCACGCAGCCUCGCACAACCGUUUAUAUCUUUACUUUUGAGAUACUUAACUUCUCUUAAAAAAUGCCCUUUUUGACCAAGUCAUUAUACUCUUCUGCCGCAAAUUAACCUGAGAAGUUGGGAGAUGAUCCUCUGGGUGUUUUAAAGUGUUACACCUGGUUGUCCUUGUACCAACUUUUUGGAAAUAUGUUGCUGCCAAAUUAACUUGGUAUAACCCUGUGAUCAGGGGUAAAAUAUCCAACAGUCUUGUGUAAAAGCAACAUUUUCGAUCGUGUGUUUACUUAAUUUUGACUCCAAAUCACAGCGUUUUUCUACAUUAAAGUGACUGACAUGUAGUUCAUUCAUUAAUCAGACUCAGUUGUAAAAGAUGUGACUUGUUUUUGCUCGUAAUCAUUAAACAGUUCAAAAGAAAUGAACUUCAAUGUUUGCUUUUAUUCGAGCCGACGUUUCACAUCCCUCUUUAUUGAAGGUGAGACGAAUGAGCCGCUCCUCUAUUUACAGUGGAAACAAACCACAUCUGAGCGUCUGCAUCAACAUGAGCGAACCCUCUAUCUGCGUUCAUAUGAACACAUUUCACAGUUUGGAUGGUGGUAAAUGUUGAUUUGAAACAACACAAAAGAUUAAUAGUUUGUGUUUUGUUGUUUUUUUUUCUCCAUCAGCACUGAAGCCCAAAUUUGCAGAGUCCAAGGAAAUCUCUGAACUUGCACACAACUUUGUUAUGAUCAACCUGGAGGUAAGAGAGUGUGCUGCACGUUUCUGUUUCAUUUAAGAGUAAGCAGCCAGCAUUCACCUUGACGGUCAGGUGGUUUAUUUCAGUUCCCAGGCCUGUUAAUGAUCGUCUCUUGUCUCUUGUUUGAACAGGACGACGAGGAGCCAAAAGAUGAGGCCUUGAGCCCGGACGGCGGAUACAUUCCUCGGAUUCUUUUCCUCGGUACGGAGAGGAGGGGGGUUGAGUCAAGCUGGAUGUAAACACUCUGUGGGAUUCUUUUGGACACGCUGAUACGCAGUUACUCAUGUCUGGAUCACACGCAGAGUCUGAUAUGAAUCAGUGGGCUGGGUUUCAGUUUCAGGGGCAUGUUUGUCUCCCACUGAGUGAGAGCACACUGAGAAGGCCAGGGCGGUGUAAACGAGAGUAGACUUCUGGUGGAGGAGCGGUAAUUCAGCUGCAGGAAUGACCGGUGAAUAAAUCUUAAAAUGAACUUCUGAAAGGAAAAAAGGAGAUUGAGUAGAACCUGUUUGAGCAGAAAGAAAGAGUGUUCAGGAACGAAUCAGAUCACGGCAUUCGAGGACCAGACUGUGGUCAGAGCAUCUUCAAAACUGCACCUCUUGUGGGGAAUUUCUGGUCUGCUGUGGUCAGUACUAACAAAAAGUAGGCCAAGGAAGGAAAACCAGUGAACCAGGGAACAUGUUCAUUGAUGCAUGUGGAGAGUGAAGGUUGACCCAUGUGGUUCAAUCCAGCAGAAAAGCUACUGGAGAUCAAACUGCUGUGGUUCUGACCAGUCAGGGUGUCCGUACCGGCCCCUGUGCACCAUCAGAAGCACCUGCAAUGGGCUUGUGAACAUCAGAACCAGACCAUAAAGCAGUAGAAGUAGGAAGCCAACAAAGACAGGACAACAAAUUCUAGAUGUUGACUUGGUCUCCAGAUUUCUUCGAUUGUAAUCCAAUCGAGUAUCCCUGAAAUAUGCUGGAAAAGGAGGUCUGUCUACUCCUGUUUGCAGACCUUCAGUGGAUAGAUUACCUUAAUUUUUCUGAACUAAACCUUUUAAUUUCCUCUUCUUUCAGAUCCCAGCGGCAAAGUCCACCCUGAAAUUACCAACAAGAACGGCAAUCCAAACUACAAGUACUUCUACAGCAACGCGGAUCAAGGUAACACUCCAGAUUUAGGCUUUUAGGUGUUUGGACAGAGUUGUACUCUCUUCAGGGUGCCGAAAAUCACCGUUUGAGGUUAACAGAUAUGCAAAGUCCCUCUUGAAGGAGUUGAAAAUCACGUUUUUUGUUUCCCUCCGCCCUGCUCAGUCGUGUCCGGCAUGAAGGAGGCUCAGGAGAAGCUGACAGGUGAUGCCUUCAAGACGGGUCACACAGGGGACGAGCUGUGAGGAGGCGGAGACAGGCAUCAGGCUGUAAGGGCUACACUUCUUCUACCUCAGCCUGAGCCGCAGACGCCAACAACAACGACAUCAACAACAACCCAAACGAUCUGUAUUUAUUCUCCAACUUUAACACAGCAAGGCUCUUUCUCGCUGGGCAAACCAAGCGAACCAUUAAAACGGUGCUUGAGUCGUCUUGUCCGGUACUUUUUCUUUUCUGAUAACUUUUCCUCUCAUCGUCUUUUUUUUUAAUCUUUCAAACAUGUAUAUUUGUAAGUAAUCAAGUGCCAUGUACUGUAUUUACUGUCUGUAGAGGAUAUAACUAAGUCAUAUUAGCCAAGUUAGCAGUUACUCACUUUGACUUCUGGGUGCUGUUGUUGGGAUCAUCUGGGAAAAGCUAAGUUUUAACAGGUCAACUGCCUCGUUUUUUUUUUGUUUUUUCUCCAUCACACUACCCUGAGAUUUUUACACAUGAAGAAGUUGAGUUUGUAGUCGACUGUUUAGUUCACCCAGCGGCGGUUCUUCUACUUCACAUUAAUCAGGAUAGAUAUUUGAAUACCUACAGUGAUGUGCUUCCAAAGAUCCUCUACAGUCCGUUAACUCUCUUGUGUCUAAUAUUUAUCGAUCACUCCAUGAUUUUUUUUUUUUUCUAUUAUCCAAAUUCAUUUAAUCCUGCAAAUCCAUGUGCUUGUUAGCUGAUGAUUGUGUUCUCUUUGUCGGGGUUUGUUUUUUUUUGGUUUUGCUGCUCGUGAAGUGACAACACUCGGUUUGUCUCUUGAAUGAGGGAGGGAAACAUCGGUUAAGUGUCUUGAUGUAUUUUAUACACGUACACGGCCAAGUGUGCAAAUAAAAGUUUGUUCUACUGA